AUGGCAUCACCUGCAUCAGAUAGUCAAAAGAGAAAGGGUCCUAUGAGACCAACAAAAAGUGUAGGAGUAGAUUUUGAUGACAAGCCAUUAUGGAAUCAUACAAAAGCAAUUUCAACUGCUUUCAAUGGUGGUAGAAAUAGAACAUGGUCUUGUAACUAUUGCAAUAAACAAGUUUCUGGAUCAUAUAAUAGAGUUAAAGGACAUCUCUUAAGAUUAUCAGGUGAUGGAGUUCAAAUAUGCAGCGAAGUUCAAGGUGGAGAUCAAUUUGAUGUUGACGAGACAAUUGAUAGUUUAACCGAGCUAUCAACUGACGAGCCUCAAUUGGAAGGUGUGGACUUUGAGGAAGAAUUUGAAAAUGUAGAAUAA